AUGACUGUUUCUCAGGUGCAUCGAGUGGCUGUGAUCGGCGCUGUUAGCGGGGUUGUUUCUACAGCCCAUCUUGUGGCUGCUGGGUUUGAAGUAACCGUUUUUGAAAGAAACCAGCAAACAGGGGGGAUUUGGCUGUACGACGAACAGUCACCAUUAGAAUGUUCUUUUCCUUCUCCUAAUCCUUCUUUCGCAGACAGAGUAGUGGAAAACGCCAGAUUCGACAGAGAGAAGCUUCGCCUACAGCAUGCUCCACCAGGCCCAUGCUACAAAAACCUCACAACCAAUGUGUCCACCCCUCUCAUGCGAACAAAACUUCGCCCCUGGCCGGAAAAUACACCGGACUUUGUCAACCACAGAGUUGUGAAUCAAUAUAUCAGGGACAUAGCACAGAGUACUGGAGUUGACGAGAGAGCAAUAUACAGCGCUCAAGUGAAGCGUAUCUAUAAAAGUGGCACGAAGUGGCAUGUCAGUUGGUCGGUUGUAGAUAAUAAUGGCAAGAUUGAUGGUCUAGAAGAGAAGCUGAUGAGUUCUACCUUUGACGCGGUUGUAGUCGCGUCUGGCCAUUACCAUUCGCCUCACAUUCCAGACAUGUCUGGAUGGCCUUCACGGAUCAUACAUUCCAAACGAUAUAGAACGCCGGAAGUCUACAGAGGCGAGAAUGUCUUGAUGGUUGGCGGAGGUGUAUCAUCAAUGGAUAUAUCGCGGGACCUUGGGCGCGUUCCCAAAAUGAUAUUCCAGAGCACACGCAACGGCGAGGCAGAUCCACCCGCUCUCAUGCUUCCAGAUAAUGCAGUAAGAAUUAGCGAGAUUGACCAUCUCGAACUACUACCUGGAAGUGAUGACACGGUACCAGAUGGUGAUCCCUUGCCGCUAAUAGCCUGUCUGAGGUCAGGUCAACGAUUAUGCUAUCAAAUUGCAUUCCCCUUCCUUCCAGACUACCACGACCAUUCAAUGCCUAUUCAGGAUGCUGAUGAUACUAUUCUUGUUACCAACGGGACACAAGUCCAUAACACCCACCGAGAUAUCUUUUAUAUCCCAGAUCCGACUCUUGCUUUUGUCGGGAUACCCUACUUCAACACAACAUUUACCCUCUUUGAAUUCCAGGCUAUUGCAGUGACAGCCGUCUGGUCCCGAACUGCAUUUCUGCCAUCAACAACCGAGAGGAGACGUGAGUACCUCGUCAAGCUAGAGCAGACCGGUGGCGGGCGCAGAUUUCACUCGCUGAAGAAUAAAGAAAAAGAAUAUGUUCGUGAGCUCAUAGCGUGGAUAAACGAUGGUAGAACCGCACAUGGACUUGUUCCCAUUGAAGGCCAUACGACGGCUUGGUUUAAAGCUAUGGAUAAACUGUGGGACCAGGCGAGAGCAGCGAUGAAAGAAAGAAAGGAGCAACAAGAGAAGAUUCUCAUGCGCAUUCCAUUUUCAGCUGAUUGUACUUCGCUGGAACUGCCACGUCUUAAUUAG